AUGCAAGAACGUUUAGCUUCAUAUCGGAUAAAAUUGUUCAACUUGAAAUUUGUGGUAUUGUUUUUCCUGGAUUUUAUUGUUACUUCAUUGUUGGGAGUUUUAAGAUAUGAUGGUCAGCGAGCCCAAAUUCAUAAAUCACCUGAUGGCACUGUGCGCAUCUUUUCACGAAAUGGGGAUGAAACAACAGCAAGAUUUCCUGAUUUAAUUAGCAUAAUUAAGGAAUCUUGUAAACCUGCUGCAGAGUCUUUCAUACUGGAUGCAGAGGUAGUUGCUAUUGAUAGGAAGAAUGGCUGCAAGCUCAUGUCUUUCCAAGAACUAUCUUCAAGAGAGAGGGGGAGCAAAGAUUCCUUGAUCACAGUGACUAGCAUAAAGGUUGACAUUUGUGUCUUCGUGUUCGAUAUAAUGUUUGCUAAUGGAGAGCAGCUGUUGGAUUACACUCUCCGUCAGAGACGAAAAUGCUUGAAAGAUUUGUUCUGUGAUGAAAAGUUGGGUUAUUUUGAGUAUGCAAAAGAAAUGACCGUUGAAGCGGAAGAUGCUAUUUUGACCAGCGAAGUCACAUUAGCUAAGAUAAAUAAUUUUCUUGAAAUUGCACUCCACUCCUCAUGUGAAGGGAUUAUGAUUAAAUCUUUAGACAUUGAUGCUCAAUAUUCUCCAUCAAAGCGUAGUGACACAUGGUUAAAGGUGAAACGAGAUUAUGUGGAAGGAUUGAAUGACUCUCUUGAUCUGGUCCCUAUUGGUGCUUGGCAUGGCAAUGGGAGGAAAGCAGGAUGGUUCAGUCCAUUCCUCAUGGCAUGUUACAACCCUGAGACUGAGGAAUUCCAAAGUGUGUGCCGUGUUAUGUCUGGAUUCUCUGAUUCCUUUUAUGUCGAGAUGAAGGAAUUUUUUUCUGGUGAUAAGAUCUUAUCCAAAAAGCCAUCGUACUACAGAACAGGUGAGGUUGCUGAUAUGUGGUUCUCUCCGGAACUUGUUUGGGAAAUAAGAGGUGCAGAUUUUACAGUGUCACCAGUUCACCAGGCUGCUAUAGGCCUGGUUCAUCCAUCCCGUGGCAUUUCAAUCAGAUUUCCUAGAUUCAUACGCACUGUACCUGAUAGAAAUCCGGAGGAAUGUAGCACAUCUACAGAUAUAGCUGAAUUGUUUCAAUCUCAGACUCGGAAGAUGGACGUGACUGUCAAAGCCUAAAUGUUGCCUAUGAUUAUCAAACAAGCUGUUGUUAGCACAAAAAAUUUGUUGUACAGUGUAGUAAAGUUUUGGUUGUACAGGAUAAUGCAGGUUUGGUUAUGAAAUAUGCAGUGGCUUUGUAAAAUUGUAUAAUCAUAUGCAAUAUAUUCAAUGCCUAUUUUAAUAUCUGUUGAGGUAAAAUGGGUAUUAUAAUUGAAGUUUAUCAAAGUGGAAUAAGCUUUGCAGAAGA